AUGCAGCACAGCAGCAGCCAGUAUGAGCACUGGAGGCAGUUCCAGAACUCCGCGGGGGAGCACAGCGCGCCCCUGCCACCGCGACCUCCACCAGCGCCAGUUCAGAGGGCCACGUCCCGCCACACCGCGCCCGAGACGCGCCCGCUCACCCACGACGCGCGAACGGCGUCUCAGACCACCUACGGGGGAAGCAGCUACGCGCGCCCCAGGCCCUCUGGGACGGAGACGGAGGCCCCGAUGGUGGACUCUCGGUACGACCAGGACGCGGUGACGUUCACGGACGUGUUCUCGCUCCGACGACCGAAGCACCUAGGUUCCGGCCUGGUUUCCGGCACGAAGUCCCUCCUGAAGGGCACCGCGGCCGGCGCCGUCGCGCUCGUCGCCGCGCCGGUCCUCGGCGCGCAGCAGGACGGGUUCGUUGGCGCGCUCAAGGGCGCCACGGUGGGCAUCUGCGGCGCCGUGCUCCUCCCGGUCACGGGCGCCACCGUCGGCAUCAUCCAGACCGUCCGCGGCGUCAUCAACACCCCCGUCGCCAUCCACAACCACUGCAAGGGGCGGUUCUGGGACCCCAUCGAGCGCGAGUGGACGGACGACGAUCCGCGGCUGCGCCUCGUCCCGGAGCCCGAGCCGCGCGCCGGCCGGGCGUCCGCGCGCAGCGUCGCGGGCGCGCCCGUCGGCCGCGGCGCGCGGGACGACCCGAAAGGGUACUACAAGGCUCUAGGUCUGACGCACAGCGCCACGGCCGAGGAGGUCAAGCGCGAGUACUACCUGCGGGCGCGGCGCUGCCACCCGGACAAGCAUCCGGACGAUCCCACUGCGCACGAGGCGUUCCAGCACCUCGCGGAGGCGUACCAGGUCCUGACGGACUCGAAGCGGCGGCGGGAGUACGACACCACGGGGGCUGCGGACGUGGAGUUCAUCGAGCCGUCGGAGUUCUUCACGGCGCUGUUCGGGCUCGACGAGCUGGACGAGCUCGUCGGGGAGCUCACCGUCGCGGCGGUGACGCGGCUGCAGGCCGAGGCGGACGGCGGGCGGCCCUCGGACCACGCCAUCGCGGCGUACCGCCAGAACCGGCGCACGCGCCUGAUCAUCGCGCUGCAGGAGCGCAUCCAGAAGUGGCGGACCAUCGGGCCGGACGGCGACGCCGCGCGCGCCGAGCUCACGGAGCAGGCGGAGGCGUUUGCCGCGCUGCAGAACAGCGACUACACCCUGCUGAUUGUCGGGCAGGUGUACCUCGUGGAGGGCGAGCGCGGGCUGGGCGGGUGGGACGGGUUCGUGGCGGGGGUGCGGUCGUGGGGCGCGGGCGUGGGGUCGCAGUGGCGCGCGGCGAAGGCGGCGUUCCGCGUGCUGCAGAAGCAGCGGGAGCUGGACCGGUGGGAGGCCGAGCAGGACCGCAUCGAGCGGCGCGAGGCGCGGGAUGCGAUCGCGAAGGCCGCGGCGGACGAAGCGGCGGGUCUGCGGGACGGGCGGUACGACCCAGUGCGGACGGCGGCGGCGGCGCCGUCGGUGGCGACGACGCCGGAGCGGCCGGGCCCGAACAAGGCGGUGUCGAUGAAGCAGCCGUCGCAGGUGCCGGGCGUGUGGGCGCCCGAGCCGUCCGCGAAGCGUGGUCUGCGGUCGCCGCGCAAGAUCCGCGACGGGCCGAAAGACACGUACCUCGGCGCCGAGGGCCAGGACAGCAAGGGCCAGCGCGUGGGGCCGGAGGCGUGGGCGCGCGAGGCGCACCGCAGCUGGCACCGGCAGCGCGAGGAGGAGGACUCGCUGCCGCUGGUGCUGGACGCGCUGUGGGCGGCGACGGAGGUGGACAUUCGGCAGGUGGUGGGCGAGGCGUGCCGCGCGGUGCUCGCGGACGUCCCGCGCGAGGCGUUCUCGGGCGUGGAGCGGCGGGAGAUCCGCAGGGAGAUGGCGCGCGCCAUGAUGGAGCUGGGCCAGCUGGCGUGGAAGGCGGAGAUGGGGCGCGUGGAGGACCCCCCGGAGGAGCGGUGGUACUGA